AUGGCUCAGAACCUCGCUUUUCUUGUGUUCCUGCUGGUUCCUGGGGUCCAUGGCUGUGGAAUUCAACCCAUGGGUAUAUACGUCUCUCGGCGCAUCUUUCAAUGGAUGAAGGUUCAUAUGAAGGACAACCUGUAUAUGAAGUUCAAAAAUCAAAAAGCAAGGGCCAAGCGUGGAUCGAACACGCGACCUAAAGAUCUGCAAUCUCUCGCUCGUACCACUGAGCUAUUGACCCGUUUGCUUGGCAAGGUGGCAAAACUUGUGCUCUACAAGCGGUGCCAUAUCCUUCCGCUGAUAGUCUACUGA